AUGUCUUGUACAACAGAUGCUCAGCAAACGGUGGAAGUAUCUGUCAGCAUUUUAGAAGCAAGGCAAAGCUCAAGAAAUAUUGGAAACAAAUUAAAAAUAGGCAGUAGACUGGGCAAAAAGAAUUGUGAUCAUGAAGAACAACUAUUCUGUGAGGUGGGACAUGCUACAGAGGGUCUGGAUUGGGAAGACAAAGAUGCUCCAGGGACACUAGUUGGAAAUGUGGUCCAUUCGAGGAUCAUCAGUCCCCUGCGCCUGUUUGUUAAACAGUCUCCGGUGCCAAAACCUGGGCCUGUGGCGUAUGCAGACAACAUGGAAAACUUUUGGGAUUGGCUGGCCAACAUCACGGAGGUUCAGGAGCCACUACUAAGAACUAAACGGCGACCAAUAGUAAAAACAGGGAAAUUUAAGAAAAUGUUUGGAUGGGGUGACUUUCAUUCCAACAUUAAAACUGUCAAACUCAACCUUCUCAUCACAGGGAAAAUUGUCGACCAUGGAAAUGGAACCUUCAGUGUUUAUUUCCGACAUAAUUCAACGGGCCUGGGUAAUGUUUCAGUGAGCUUGGUACCUCCUUCCAAAGUGGUGGAGUUUGAAGUUUCUCCCCAGUCUACCUUGGAGACCAAGGAAUCCAAAUCUUUCAAUUGUCGCAUUGAGUAUGAAAAAACAGAUCGGGCGAAGAAGACUGCCCUGUGCAACUUUGAUCCUUCUAAGAUCUGCUACCAGGAGCAGACUCAGAGUCAUGUGUCUUGGCUGUGCUCCAAGCCCUUCAAGGUCAUUUGCAUUUAUAUUGCCUUUUACAGUGUUGAUUAUAAACUUGUGCAGAAGGUCUGUCCUGACUACAAUUACCAUAGUGAGACUCCAUACUUAUCUUCUGGGUGAAUCCUGUUCCACAGUGACAGAAAUGGAGGACAUUUGUAUAUUUAAUUAGAAUGACCAACAAACAAGUCCAGCUUUUCAUAGUAAAGGAUCCCUUUUGUUUCUGGCAAUGAACCAUAGUUCCCUAUGAGGUUUUCAAAUUAAAAGAAAAAGAAACAUAUUAAAAUGGGAAACAUAUUUGUUCAAUCAUCAAGUACCUUUAUCUAAAGUCAAACUGUUUUGAAGCCAUCAACUCCAUGUAAGAUGGUUAAAUUCUAGAAAUAUUAUUGGUUAAAAGAAACAUCAAUGGUAGCCACAUGUAAUAAGAAGGAAUCAAAUUAUGCAUGUAAUAAACAUUGCUCUUGAACUAAGCCUGCCUUUGAGAUAUGUUUUGAAAGGGUACUUCAAAAUAGCAGAUUCGGUAAAGUAGCUGAAAAGAUUGUAUUUGAUAGAUGUUAGUGUUUCCAACAUGAAUCUGUUUUUACUGCUAUGUCUUUCCCCAUAUCUGUGCCAAUAUUGAUAUGAGAGGUGAAAGGGUAAAAUUUGUUUCAAAAUUCAUGUAUGAAGUUUCAGUGGAAUCAAAUACAUCUGAGCUAGAGUUGAAUGGGAUGUGAUGCAAACACUUAGCCCUGUGUUGGUCACCACCCAGUGAUUCUGGCGCACUGAGAAAGCACAUCUGGGUAUGUCGGUUAGACAACAGUAAAGAUCAUAAUGUUUUUAGAGUCUUUUACCAAAUGCAGCGCUGUAAGAUUAUCAAAAUGACAUGAGUUUGUAUUCACCCCAGAGCUUAGGAACUCAUUCUAUUCAUUUGAUAGUGUGAUCAUGAUACAUAGGUAGAGUAACUCUGAAAUUGAGAGAAAGUGGUUGUUUCCUAAGCUAGAAUGUAGGGGGGAAUUUGGAAGUAGAGGAGAAAAAUUCUAGGAUUUUGGAUUCAUAAAUCUUACCUCCUGGAUUAUGUUUUCCUUUCAUUUAGUUAAUAAUGACAAUGAGGGAUCACAUUCUAAGUGGGAUUAACACUUGUUAUAUUUUAACAUUUUUAAUUAUCUAGUGCUGAUAACCAAGAUUCCUGGCUCACUAGGCUUUUGAAAUUACUUCCAAAUUAAUAUCACUUUAAAACAGUCCUUCUUGUCUUCUCUGUAUGGUAGCGCUGAAUGCACUGAAUUAGCAUGGAAAAGGGGUCUGUCUGGUCAGAAAAAAGUUUUCUAGAACUCAGGUGUCAUGGAGUGGUUACUGUUUUUACAGUGGUGUUCACUUCUUUCCCCUUUCUUAUCUGUAAAAUAUCACUAAGGUAAAGCAUUUAAUUGAAACAUAAAGGAAGACAAUUCUUAACUAACAAAAAUGUUCUUACACCCUGUUCAGAAAGUCAGCAGCUCUGUUUUCUAUUCUACAUCUCCAUUUCUUCUCUUUUUUGUGAUAUCCUCAGAGUGUUCAAUUUUGUCUUUUGUAAAAAUUGUACUAGACUUAGUGUGUGGUAGUGCAAGCUUGAUGUUUCAGCUCUUACUUCAUCAGGUGCUUUUGUAAGUUUGUGAUUGGUGAGUAAUAUUUUGAGACAUCUUAUUUUCAUCCAGAAAUAAGAGUAUUAUUUACUGUAAAAUAUGUGG